AGGAGGAGGCCUCCCGAGCCCAGACACCCCACUGAACCCGGAGAUUCCUGAAGGUUCUGCCAUGGCGUUGGAGCCGGGCGGGGAGCAGAGAUCCCGGCACGGCCUGCAGCUGCUGGACGCGGCCCAGGCCAUGAAGGAGCUGGGGCAGAUGACCGACGUCGUCCCGGUGGCCGGGCAGCGGAGCUUCGCCUGCCACCGCCUGGCCCUGGCCGCCUUCAGCCCCUACUUCAGGGCCAUGUUCACCUGCGGCCUUGUAGAAUGUUCCAGGAGGGAGGUGGCCCUGCACGGCGGGGUCACCGCGGAGGGCCUGUCCGCCCUGCUGGGCUUCAUGUACACGGGGAGCUUGGCCGUCGGGGCCUCCGACGUGCAGGAGGUGGCCUGGGCCUCGAGCCUCGCGCAGGUGGACGGGGCCCUGGCGGCCUGCGACAGGUACAUGCGGGGGCACCUGGAGCCCGGCAACUGCUUGGGCAUCCACCUGUCCGCGGCCCAGAUCGGGGCCCGGGGCCUGCGGGGCCGCGCCCGGAGGUACCUCCACCGGCACUUCGAGGAGGCCAGCCUCCAGGAGGAGAUGCUGCAGGUGGAAGCCCACCAGCUGCUCGGGCUGGUCCGGUCGGACGGCCUCCACGUGGCCCGGGAGGAGAAGGUGCUGGACCUGGUGCUCAGGUGGGCCGGCCACGACCGGGGGCCCCAGGGGCCCCGCACCUGGCGGAGCUGCUGGGCCAGGUUGCAGAAGGGGCUCUACGUCGUCGGAGGCCACAUGAGAGGGAAGAGCCAGCGUCUCGCCGCGAGCCGGGUGGACAGGUACUCCGUGGGGCGGGACACCUGGGCAAGGGUGUCCCCUCUCCCCAUCCGGCUGGCCUGCCACGCCGCGGUGACCGUGGACGACAGGCUCUGCGUGAUGGGAGGCUGGACUCCCCAGGUGGACUUUCCCGACGAAGAGCCCGAGCGACUAAGCAACAAGCUGUUCCGGUACGACCCGGGCGGGGACCGAUGGCAGGAGCUGGCCCCCACGAGGUUCUCCAAGUACCGCUUCGGUUGGGCCGUGGCCAACGGCGACAUCUACGUUUUGGGCGGGACCGGCUGCGUGGGCCGGGACCAGGGCCAGGUCCGGCAGUGCCUGGACGCCGUGGAGAUCUACAACCCCGACGGGGACCUCUGGCGAGAGGGGCCCCCCAUGCCGCGCCCCCUCCUGUCCCUGCGGACCAACGCCUCCAACGCGGGCGCCCUGGGCGGCAGGCUCCACGUCUGCGGCGGCUUCACGGGGCAGGUGCCCGCCGAGCUCGGGGGUCCCGGGGUUUCCUGUCCCUCUGUACGGCCGGCCGCUGCCUGUCCCUCUGUACGGCCGCUGCCUGUCCCUCUGUACGGCCGGUCGCUGCCUGUCCCUCUGUACGGCCGGUCGCUGCCUGUCCCUCUGUACGGCCGGCCGCUGCCUGUCCCGCUGAUGAACCCCCGAGACCUCAUCCCCCCGCCCCCGGACCUCGAGGAGGACGGCGGCGGGCGCUGA